UGGGCCAGGUCAAGUACAGAUCUCUAUGCAUUUGUAAGGAUGACUGCAUAAGCAUAUAAGCGUUAUAUAAAGUACAGACUUUUAUGCGUGUGUAAGGUUGACUGCAGAAGCCUACCAUUAUAUACUAGCACAUCGAUUUCGUUAUUAGAUUGAUAAGGACGAGGAAUAAGUCAGAAUGAGCUCCGUGGACAUCAACGAUUUUGACGACAUCUUAAAGAAAAUAGCCGAGGACAUAUUCAAAAAGUCAGACAUCGAUAAUCUCGGAAAGGCCUUGGGAUUUGGACCAGCAGAGAUUGGUCGCAAAACUGACGAAAACGCCAGACAAGGAGGGAAUUAUAUGGGAACAUUGGAUUUGCUAAGGACGUGGCGAAAUAAACAAACACCUUCGACGGAAAAUGCGGCAUUGAGGGAGGCACUACUCAAGGCUGGAUUUGAUAACCUGGCAGCCAAAUAUCUAAACACUCCCAUAACCGUUGGUAACCCAACCUUGCCACCAAGCUCGGAGAGAAUCGUCACGGACAAGGAACUUAGGAAACUGGCAGGUUGCCUUCCUGCAGACUCCUACACGGAUGUCGCCAUUCACUUAGGGCUUCAAUACACCGAUUACGACAAUAUCAAGUUGCAAAAUCAAUCAUCAUUUAAGGAUGCUAAUUUUAAAAUGUUGAUGAAAUGGAAAACUGAUAAAGGUGGAAAAGUGGGAGUUCUUGAUGAAGCUUUAAAAGAAGCUCAGUGCGGGGGGCUUGAGUACAAAGAUAUGUAACUAUUUCUUGGUUUCCACAAAUGUUUGUAUAAUGAACGCGAUCGCAAAGACUAUUGAAAAUAAUAUCAGCAGAAGUUAAGAAUCCUUGGUCCAUCACCCAUUGAAAUAUGUGUGAACAUCACUGCCAGUUGCAUACGACGUAAUGUGAACCUGAUUUCAGUGGGAUACACAAUGUGAUAUUUAAUUUACUCUUUAGUUGAAUUAUCGAAAGUCUUUGCGAUCUUGUCCACAUGAUUAAUUUGAAACAUCAGUCUUGAACUUCCGGCAUAAUUUAGCAAGGAGGUAAUCUACAUUGUCAGUGAGGAAUCACUAUUUUUAUAAUUUACAUAUUUUGCUCCCCAAAUCUAUCCAUUUGAGUUUACUCUUCCCUCAAUACUAUUUUCUCUUCUACUUGUAAGACCUUGGUAUCUGAAUCAAAUCAUUUAUUAUUGUUGUUAAUGCUGUACAUAUGCUUUCAUGAUGCUUUUCCACAUUGUGAUUUCGUUGUGAAUCUACUCGCAAAGCUGCAUCACGUGUCUUUAGACCACAACUACAGUGCUGCAGAUCCCAAGGCAACUAACACAUUCCAUUAAUUUUCGAACAUUCCUUUUGACUGUUAUUCUAGAGGUGACCAAUAGUAUGAUUAUACGCCAUAAAUAUGUAUCUUCAUAUAUUUACAAUAACAUCCCACAUUCAAAAUUAUAUUCCAUUGUACAUAAAAGAUCACAAAUGCUUAACGCAUGCUAGGUUUCAUUAAAUAAAAAGUAACAUAAAUGCUUCAAACUGUGGGUCCUGUUACCCAAUAAAGCCCACAACCUUGAAUGUUUUGUCGUUACGGAUAUAAGCUCGCACUAGGUUACCAUUUUUAAAUAGUUUAUAUUAUAGUUUGACUAUUCAGAUCCUCAAUCAUUAAGAGUUCCUUGCACAAGUCAAACUCUUUCUCCCAACCAAAGAUUUGUCUCUGCUCCCGUGCUCCGAGCCUGGCCCAGCUAAGCAGGAUUCAUUAUAAUAUCACCCGCUUCAUAUGUGUUUUCCUUGAUAUUUAUGACUCCAUGUAAUAUUAUGUCGUUAAACAUAUUUUCAUUAAUUUUAAUUUGUUAAACAAAAUAUUAUGUAAGAAAAUGGCAUGGUUCAGGUCGGCAGAGAGUGGUGGGGUAGGAAGGGGCGGGCAUGUAAUGGGCGUGGGGGUGGGGCGCCAUAGCUGAUUUGGUUUUGAUAUUCACGCAGCAGUAACAAAACAAAAUGCAUAAUAUUGAUGACACUCACUACAGCCCAGUAGGCCAAAGCUAUGUGUUUAUGUGGCUCUGAGACCUCUCUCGUUUCUGAUUAUCUCCCACGCGUAUAACCGUAUUAUUUGUAAGGUUAAUCUUAAAGGUAAUACAAAGUUUUGGUAUGGGGUCAUAAAUUUGGUUCAAAUGAAUAUAUUGGAAGCAUAUGCGAUCCUACAAUAUUCAGUGAUCGUUAUCGCGGUUGAAAUCGAGUCCAAAGUCAUGAAAUCGUAAAUAAUGAACUAAAAAUAUUGCAUUUUCAGUUGUGGGGGCGUCGACGUACCCUAGCGCCCGCUGCGUACAGUCAUGAUUCGUUGGUUUAGCAAUGGCCUCGUUACUGUGAGCCCCCAGGAUCAAAACCAUGUCGAUGUGGUAUAUUAGUGCCCUUUUAUGAGGCAUUAAUCCCCAUUACUGUCAAUUAUGACUUAAGGACGUGGGUCCCCUAGUUGAUUAGCAUAGUAGCACACACACGCUUUAGCAGUCACGCAAAACAAACACUCCCCAAUUGUCAUUCAAUAAAAUCUGAGAAUGUAUACUAUAAUCUAGAUAUAUUAGGAAUAAGUCAUUGUCAAAAUCAUUCAAUAAAUUGGGGUAAAAAUAAUUAUUCCACCAUUAUGACCAACAGUGUACAUAUCUCGCCGGUUAUUUCUUAUCGUUUUUCUACUAAUGUAGUGCUACGUACGUCUAAUGUGGUGUCAAGUUUCUUGAAGUGCGUCUUUUGAGUGGGACAUGUAACCAUGAUAACUCUGGUAACUUGUAUAAUUAAAGUACUGAUUAAAUCA